UUCAACAGGUCACAUUUAAGAGGUGUCUGGUACUCCCUGCUGGCAGUGGCUGGAACACAAUGGAUCACACAGUGGCGAUAGACACCGAGGAUGAAGUGGGACCUUUAGCCCAUCUUGCUCCAAGUCCUCAAAGUGAAGCUGUGGCUCACGAAUUCCAGGAACUCUCCUUGCAGUCCAGUCAAAACUUACCUCCUCUGAACGAAAGGAAAAAUGUGCUCCAGCUGAGACUGCAACAAAGGAGGACGAGAGAACAGCUCGUGGACCAGGGCAUCAUGCCACCUUUGAAGAGCCCAGCAGCAUUCCAUGAACAGAUAAAAAGCUUGGAACGAGCCAGAACCGAAAAUUUUUUGAAACACAAGAUUCGGAGUCGACCAGAUCGUUCAGAACUUGUCAGGAUGCACAUUUUAGAAGAAACAUUUGCAGAGCCAUCGCUGCAGGCUACCCAGAUGAAGUUGAAAAGAGCUCGACUAGCAGAUGAUCUGAAUGAAAAGAUUGCUCAAAGACCUGGUCCUAUGGAGCUGGUAGAGAAAAACAUCCUUCCUGUAGACUCCAGUGUUAAAGAAGCAAUUAUAGGCGUUGGGAAGGAGGAAUAUCCCCACACUCAAGGUGAUUUCUCAUUUGACGAAGACAGCAGUGAUGCUUUGUCUCCGGACCAGCCUGCGAGUCAGGAGUCACAGGGGUCAGCUGCAUCCCCAAGUGAGCCAAAAGUUAGUGAAUCGCCAUCUCCUGUGACUACAAACACUCCAGCCCAGUUUGCUUCAGUGUCCCCAGCAGUUCCUGAAUUCUUGAAAACUCCUCCAACUGUAGAUCAGCCUCCCUCACGGCCUGCAGCUACUGUCCUCCCCACAAACACUGUGUCCUCAGCAAAGCCUGGCCCAGCACUGGUGAAGCAAAGCCAUCCCAAAAAUUCAAAUGACAAACACCGUAGCAAAAAGUGCAAAGAUCCCAAACCACGGGUGAAGAAGUUAAAGUACCACCAAUACAUUCCACCAGAUCAGAAGGGUGAGAAGAAUGAGCCGCAGAUGGACUCCAACUAUGCCCGCCUGCUGCAGCAGCAGCAGCUCUUCCUACAGCUGCAGAUCCUGAGUCAGCAGAAGCAGCACUACAACUACCAGACCAUCCUGCCUGCACCAUUCAAGCCACUCAAUGACAAAAAUAGUAACAGUGGAAAUUCAGCUUUGAACAAUACCACACCUAACAUACCAAGACAGAAUACAGCUGCUCCUGUGAGAAAGCCAGGACCUCUGCCUUCUAGCCUGGAUGACCUAAAGGUAUCAGAACUGAAGACAGAACUGAAGUUAAGGGGUCUGCCAGUGUCAGGCACCAAACCAGACCUCAUUGAGCGCCUGAAACCCUACCAGGAAGUGAACAGCAGCGGCCUUGCUGCUGGGGGCAUCGUGGCAGUGUCGUCAUCAGCCAUUGUCACCAGUAACCCAGAAGUCACUGUGGCCUUGCCUGUUACAACACUACACAACACUGUGACUAGCUCAGUCUCCACUCUCAAGGUGGAAUUGCCAUCUACUGGAACCAGUAACACAGCCCGUGUGGACAGUGUUCAUUCCCCUCUGCCCAUUUCACCAUCUCCCUCUGAACAAUCCAGUCUCAGUACCGAUGACACAAACAUGGCAGACACUUUCACCGAGAUUAUGACCAUGAUGUCUCCUUCACAGUUCUUGUGUUCAUCUCCUUUGAGAAUGACAAAUAAUGAAGACAGUCUGAGUCCCACCAGCAGCACUCUGUCGAACCUGGAACUGGAUGCAGCCGAGAAGGAUCGCAAGCUUCAGGAGAAAGAGAAGCAAAUCGAAGAGCUGAAGAGGAAACUGGAACAAGAGCAGAAGCUCGUGGAAGUGCUGAAAAUGCAACUUGAGGUUGAAAAACGAGGGCAGCAGCAGCGGCCCCUGGAACCCCAGCCCAGUGCCCCAGGUCAUUGUGUCAACAAGUCAGAUCAGAAACACAGCAGCCUUGGCUCCUCCAUCAAAGAUGAGGCCUCACUCCCCGACUGCUCCAGCUCCAGGCAGCCCAUCCCAGUAGCCAGCCACUCUGUAGGCCAGCCCGUCUCGACAGGUGGCCAGACCCUUGUUGCCAGAAAGGCUGUGGUUAUCAAGCAGGAGGUCCCUGUGGCCCAGGCAGAGCAGCAGAGUGUCGUCUCGCAGUUUUAUACUUCACCACAAGCUGGAAUGCAGACUCAGCCUCCGAUAGCAACUGCUGCACAAAUAUCAACUGCUGCCUUGGCCCCAGGCUUAGCCCCAGCUGUACCUCAGACACAAGAUACGUUCCCACAGCAUGUGCUCAGUCAGCCUCAACAAGUGAGAAAGGUUUUCACAAACUCAGCAUCAUCAAAUACAGUUCUUCCAUAUCAGAAACAUCCUGCUUCAGCAGUCCAGCAACCCUUUAUUAAUAAAGCCUCCAACAGUGUUCUUCAGUCCAGAAAUGCUCCGCUUCCAUCCCUUCAAAAUGGACCUAACGCACCCAGCAAGCCUAGUUCACCCCCACCACCCCAGCAAUAUGUCGUCCAGCACUCUCUAUUUGGGAGCCCAGUUGCCAAGACGAAAGAUCCCCCCCGCUAUGAAGAGGCCAUCAAGCAGACACGCAGCGCACAGGUCCCCCUGCCAGAGAUUUCCAAUGCACACAGUCAACAGAUGGAUGACCUCUUUGAUAUCCUCAUUAAGAGUGGAGAGAUCUCCUUCCCCAUAAAAGAAGAGCCUUCUCCUAUUUCCAAAAUGAGACCAGUGACAGCCAGCAUCACCACAAUGCCAGUGAAUACAGUGGUGUCCCGGCCACCACCCCAAGUCCAAAUGGCACCACCUAUAUCUUUAGAACCUAUGAGCAGUUUAUCUGCCAGCUUAGAGAACCAACUAGAAGCUUUCUUAGAUGGAACUUUACCCUCAGCCAAUGAAAUUGUUCCACUACAAAGCAGCAGUGAAGACAGAGAGCCCUUCUCUCUGAUCGAGGACCUCCAGACUGAUCUGCUCAGUCACUCAGGUGUGCUGGACCAUUCACACUCGCCCAUGGAGACUUCUGAGACCCAGUUUGCUGCAGGUACUCCCUGUCUGUCUCUUGACCUGUCAGACUCAAACUUGGACAACAUGGAGUGGUUGGACAUUACCAUGCCCAACUCCUCUUCGGGACUCACUCCUCUCAGCACCGCUGCACCAAGCAUGUUCUCUGCCGACUUUCUAGAUCCACAGGACCUACCACUACCAUGGGACUAACGUCACAGAUUUCUUGUCUCAGAGUUGAUGAGGUUUAAGAACAUGAAGAAGAUUCUAAAAGGUCAGUUUUUAGAGAUAGAUCUAUAGUUGCAUUGUUGCAAUUAAAAUAUGUUGUCACAGAAAGAAUAGGUGGAAGGUCAUAGCCUGGAACCCAAGUUUGAAAACAUUUCAUUGUGUUCAGUAGUAAAUUUCUACAAUUUAACAUAGCACAGGGCCUUCUGAAAAACACGCUAGUCAAAGAAGACUCAUCUGUUUCGCCAGACUUGAGUAAAGAAUGAAAAGUACCUUUAGAUACAAAGAAACAUCAGCAGCACAGUUAUGUUGUACGAUUCUGGUCAUUAACUACAUUUAAAUCUCUCUGGUCUCUUUAAGACCCUAAAUAAAAAGCAGACAGCUUCACUCAAAAAAUAAGGCCGAUGUAGGGAAGGUGAGAGGCCACUGCACUUGGUACUUCCUAGAGAUGGCCAGAGCCAGGCCCGAGACACAACAGGGGUCAAAGGCAGUGGAGAGCCCUGGCCAGUUCAGUGACAGCUUCCGGCUGAAAACUUUUGGUUCUGUUCAGAAACCUAUGUUGUUUUUUUGGUGUUGUAGUUUAUUUUGCAAUUUUUGGAAUCUUACUUUGUAUUUCCAAAUUUAAAUUUAAAUGGAAGAUUUUUCAGCAUAAUCAGAAGCUAUCUACAAAAUACUGUCAGAAGUCCAGGUAUACUGAUUAACACUGAAAAUUAUUUAGCAACCCUCUGGGUUGGUUAAAUUGACUUCAAUGUAUAUAUUAGACAUUUGUAUGUAUGCUGACAUUGUGAUUUGUACAGCCUACAUUGGGGUAAGGAAAUGGGUAUCCAAGGUCCUACUUUUUUAAUAGCUCGAAUAUUUCUAGAGUACUUGAGCCACAUGUAUUUCUGUAUUUAAAGAAUUGCUGACUAACUUUCAGGUAACCAGACCCAUCUCAGAGAACCAAGAAAAGGCUUUAGCAUGAAAUAUCUUUCUGAGCUGGUGAGUUAGAAGAAUGAAAGGUAAGGGGAAGGUCUGUCAUCUACCCAGGACAUUCCCAUGAUGAGUAUAGGUCAGACUGUGCCAUGAGGUGGGCCUCCAGGUCCCCGCCCUGGCCCUCUUUCUUCUGUCACUAAUCCCUGGUUAUCAUUUUACAGGCUUGUAACUGGAUGUUCUACCAGAGCUCUCACUGUAUUGUCAAGCCUAAGAUUGAAAAACUGGAGGUUUUAUUAGUUUUUUUAUAUAUAGAAAAAAAAAAUUACAUAUUUGUUAAGUCAUUUCUUAAGAAUUUUCUAAACUGCCAACUAUCACAGGAUUAUUUCAAGCUAGUCAUUUAGGCAUAUGACAAAAUGUAAAUAACUAAACAAAAAAAAAAAUCUACCAAAAGAGCAUGGAGGUUUCUCUUAAAUAAUAAUAUGCUCUCCACCUCACCCUUGCGUAAACCCUUGGGACAGGUUGGUUCCCCUGGGUCACAAUAUGGUAAAUGUUCCAUACUGACAUGCAAGAGGCAGCCUAACCCGUUAUUUGGAAAGAAUUUGUGAAUCAUUUCUGUGUGUGUUUUGCCUAAGAGCUGAUCUUAUUUCUGAUUUGUGUGUGUGUGUGUGUGUGUGUGUGUGUGUGUGUGUGUA